AUGACGCUAAUAUACAGCGCAAGGAUUUGUUAUCAGUUCGCCCGAACGGGGUCCUGCAAGUUCGAGAAUUGCCGAUAUCCCCAUGUGGCUGGUCCGUCAAAGCCUACCGGCAAAGGAAGCAACUCAAGAUCAAGCGGGCGAAGACAACAACCCAGUAAUGGGACUAACGACUUCAACGGUCUUGCCGCCUGGAAGCAGAAAGCCCCCAAGAGCCGAUUAGCUAUACGUCCACUGGGUGCGGAGCUGGGCCAGUUCUUCGCAGCGGCCAGAAGGCUGAUCGAGGUUGACGGCGACAACGCAGCCCAAGAAGUGAUCCAAUGUCUCGCCCACGAGGGCGGCCUGCAACGAAUCCAGGAACUCAUUCAGCGUGACUAUUCCCUGUUGUCAAAUGCCACCAAGCGAAAUCUAUUCCAAAGUCAGUUCCUCCCCUUUCUCGAGAGUAUCACCCACCAUAAAGUCCUCGCGUCGUUGGUGAUGGAGGAGUUCGUGGUUAAAAUCUACAACUAUAUCUUUGGACCAGCCGGCCAACGUGCAGAGCCAUUUCUGAAUUUUCUGGCCGAUGUGGUGCAGCUGGACGUUGAGCUCCACUCAGAUACAACCUCGACUUACCUAGAACUAUCGCUCCUCGUGUUUUGCAAAAUUGUCGAGUUUAACUCGACAGCGUUCAUCCAGGAGUCUCUGAAGCCCGUAGCGAGGCGAUUUUAUGAUCUCUUCAUGAUCCUUCACGCCUUGAAGACCGCUGGGCCACUAGACAGGCCGCGGCAUCACCUGGAAGUAUUACAACGCCGGCUGGAGAUCGGAGCUGCCCUACCACCUUUGCUGGGAGACUCGAAGCGUCUACAAGCCCGUACAUCUCAUGUAACCUUUGUCACUCCCAAAGACCCGCCUGGCGGCCGCCACGACAAUGAUCAUGCGGACAUUUGCAGAAUCCAAAUUAUGCCUACUUUCAAAGAAAUAAUGAGUCCGCGUUCGGAAUAUCUCCCUGGAAAAUGCCUGCACCAGUGGCAUAUCGGUGGUCUCGCCGGGCUCUUGGAUCGAAAUUUUCGGCUGCUGAGAGAAGACACCAUUGGUCAGCUUCGAGACGUUAUCCAUGCCGAGCUGAGGCCCAGUCACUUGAGAGAUGGACAAAAGAGCCAAGUUAGGACAAAUGUCUAUCAGAACGUCCUGGUACGGGGUCUGGAUUUCGAUCGUUUCACGGGAUUACAAUUUGUCGUCCAGUUUGCACAGCCGGUGAAUGUCAAGGCCAUGUCGGAAGCUCACCGCAGAGACUGGUGGGAGCUAUCGAAAAGACUACAGUCCAGUGCCCUCGUCUGUCUCACGGAUCCGCGAGGAUUUGCCAUCUUUUGCACCGUCGUCGGACCAGAGCGGCCCAGAACGGAUGUGAGGCAAGAACGACGGCAGAGGAAGGUCUCCUCGCUGUGGAAGGAGGCGAAUGUUGCAUCUGUGACCAUAGAGCUAGUGGAAUCGACUGAGGAGAAUCGGCAGUAUAUCCUAGAUUGCUACAGGCCGCGCAACGGUGAGCGCGCGGUCUCUCUAAUUGAGUUUCCUGGGAUUUUAUUGCCGUCAUUCCAACCAACCUUAAAGGCACUUCAGUCAAUGAAGAAGGCUGCAGAUCUUCCGAUGUCCGAAUUCCUCGCCCCAGACGAGACGUUUGCCGGCCAAGUGGAUAUGCCACCUCCCAAGUAUGCGGCAGUACCAGGGUUUAGUUUCAGCCUACGCUGUCUCAUGAACGACCGUUCGGACCUCUUAGUGAGCCCGUCCCAACCCCUUGACUUGAAGAAGCUUCAAGAGAACUCCACUCUUGAUAAUGCACAGGCACAGGCUCUUGUCCACACCCUCCAGCGAAAGAUAGGACUCAUUCAAGGCCCACCGGGAACGGGCAAAAGCUUUACUGGAGUCGCUCUGAUCAAGGUCCUACUAGCCAACAAGCCAAAAGUAAAGUCUCGACUUGGCCCCAUCAUCUGUGUCUGCUACACAAAUCACGCUCUCGAUCAGCUUCUAGAAGACCUGUUGGAUGAUAAAAUCACGACACAAAUUAUCCGUAUCGGCUCCCAAUCCAAGUCAGAAAGACUGCAACCACUCAAUCUCAGAACUGUAGUUCGUCAGGUCGACAAAACAAGGCUGGAGAAGCAGGAGCAGUGGAAGCUUCAAGUGAAUUUCGAUGAUUAUGAAAACCGUUUCGACGCACUUAGACUCGAUGCUAUAGGCACCGAUCAAAGCUUGGAGUUCCAUCUUAAGCGAAACCACCCUCGCCAGUAUAGCCAACUGUUUGACAAGGACGAGGAGGGUUUUAAGAAGGUUUCUGGUCGACACCGUCAACACCUUCUACAGACGUGGCUCAAAGCUGGUCCAGCAACUAAGGACCAGCCGCGUGCAGUGGACCUCCUCCUUCAGCGGAUCCAUGUGGACAACAUGACGUCCAAGGAGCGCAGGAUCCUAUACAAACAUUGGAUCAGAGAGAGUAGAGAGGAACUCCAUGCUCAAGCUCACUCGAUCUUGGCGUCGCACCAGGAAAACAAAGCGUCCUAUGAUAAGAUCCGAGACGAGCUAGAUCUGCGAUGCUUGCGCAAUGCUGAUGUAAUAGGAGUAACAACUACUGGCUUAGCCCGCAAUCUGAACAUGCUGCGCAGACUGCAAUCGAAGGUGAUUAUGUGCGAGGAGGCGGGUGAGGUCCUAGAAGCACAUCUGCUUACCUCGCUUUUACCAUCGGCCGAGCAUGUCAUCCUGAUCGGAGAUCAUCAGCAACUGCGGCCUCAGAUCCAGAACUAUGGGCUUUCUCGGGAGAGCAGGGCAGGACAACAAUACUCUUUAGAUCGCUCGCUGUUCGAACGGCUUGUCAAACCGGAUGAUGACGUUGGCAUAAGUCUUCCAUUCUCUACACUGGAAACACAACGACGAAUGCAUCCCUCAAUUGCACAGCUGGUCCGAGACACAUUGUACCCUCGCUUACAAGACGCACCUUCAGUUAGCCUGUACCCCGAAGUUGCAGGAAUGAGAAAGAGGCUUUUCUGGCUUGACCACCGACGGCCUGAAGGCAACUCCUCGGUCCAGGAUGCCAUGGCAACAUCUCACUGGAACGAUCACGAGAUUGAAAUGACACUGGGUCUAGUAAACCAUCUGCUCCACCAGGGAGAAUACCAAGCAGGAGACAUAGCUGUUCUGACACCAUAUCUUGGCCAGCUUCACCGAAUGAGGCGUAAACUAAGCCAAGCAUUCACGAUCACCCUAGGAGACAGAGACCAGGACGACCUUGACAAGGCAGGCUUCACCGAGGAUGAAAGCCCGAUGACGCCAAGCGCAGUGUCCAGAUCAACCCUCCUGCAAGCACUGAGAGUCGCAACUAUAGACAAUUUCCAGGGUGAGGAGGCAAAGGUAGUGGUGAUCUCUUUAGUGAGAAGCAACGCUCAAAAUCGAUGUGGCUUCCUCCGCACACCGAAUCGCAUCAAUGUUUUGCUUUCACGGGCACAGCAUGGAAUGUAUAUUAUCGGUAACUCGGAAACCUCAAGGGGUGUGGAUAUGUGGCACAAGGUUCUUAACAUCUUCGAAGAACAUGAUAAUUUUGGCACAGGCUUAGAACUCAGAUGCCCCCGUCACCCUUCUACUCCUAUCGUGGUAUCACAGCCGAACGACUUCGUGCAAUUUUCGCCUGAGGGAGGUUGCAGUUUGCAAUGCGGCAAGCGUUUACAACGGUCUAUUGCCCAGAGACAUGCCCACGUCCACAGAAAGGAUGUUCACACCCUUGUCCCAAACUGUGUGGUGACCCUUGUCCCAAGAGAUGCGGCAUCAUGGUAUUUGAUGCAGGUCGAGUCCUACCUUGUGGUCACACAAUGGCCAGUCUUCCUUGCUGGCAAGCACAAGAUCUCAGCCUGGUUAAAUGUCCAACAUUUGUCAAGAAGCAUGUUCCUCAUUGCAACCACGAAAUAA